AUGCAGCAGAAAGACAAUGACAGUGUGGAUUAAAACUUAAGAUAGUUGUUGUUAAUCAAUCCUAAAAACUAAACACAUUUUGUUUGUUCUGUUUUUAUGCAACUAUACCUCAAAUCUUAAACCAAACCAAACAAAACUCUUUCUUUUUCAUUGCAUGUUUCAUUUCACCAUUCUCCUUCUCUCUCUUUCUCUCUCUAAUGGCGUAACUCUUUCAAUCUGAACCUUUAGCCAGCUGAGGGAUAUCGAAGGAGUACUAAUCAGUAAUCAGAAGGUCUAGGGUUCAAACCCUGGAAACUAACAUAAACCACCAACAUUAUCCAAAUUUUAUUUAUACCACAAACCUACAUUGUUCAAAUUCAAGAAAGUUGAAGUAGUAUGUGAGUGUCCUCCCCUUAGGGAAAGAUGAAAUUAAAGUCUAAGAAAGGAUGGAAAUCUAUUGUACCUCUUCAUUUAAAAGGAAAAUCAUCUGUGAUUCGUUUUUCUUUAUUUCGCAAAGUCAAUUCAGCUAGCCAUGGACCUGGAAAAACUCCAGUUUAUCUCAAUGUGUAUGACCUGACACCCAUGAAUGGCUAUGUGUAUUGGGCCGGUUUUGGUAUCUAUCACUCUGGUGUCGAAGUUCAUGGUGUAGAAUAUGCAUUUGGGGCUCAUGACUACCCAACAAGCGGUGUUUUUGAGGUUGAACCUCGGCAAUGCCCAGGCUUCAAGUUCAGGAAGUCAAUAUUCAUCGGAACUACAUCUUUGGAUCCUGUUCAGGUCAGGGAGUUCAUGGAAUGCGAGUGUGCAAACUACAAUGGCGACACAUAUCACUUAAUUGCUAAGAACUGCAAUCACUUCUGCAAAGACAUAUGCUACAAGCUGACGGGGAAAUCGAUUCCAACUUGGGUUAAUCGGCUUGCCAAGCUAGGUUCAAUUUGCAACUGCAUUCUACCUGAGGCAUUAAGAAUUUCUGCUGUGAGGCAUGAUCCAAAUUAUGAAGCUAAUGAUAGUGAAAAGAAAAGGCUAAGAAGUGCUUUCAAUUCAUUGUCUUCAAUUUCAAUGCGUCAAAAGCAGCUAUCAAAAUCUUCGCUGUUUCUACAAUCACCCUUAAGAGGUUGCUUGUCAUCAAAAUGGCCGUCAUGGGAAUUGAGCAAGUCUAUUAAUCGUUCCUUCAAAGAGAGGUAACUCUUUGUUUGUACUUUCAGAAAGGUAUCAAUGAAUGAAUGAGUGAAUGAGAUGCAUGUUUGUAAUUGUACCAUCUCUUGUAUUUAUUAUUUUUGAAGUAAUGUACCAUCUCUUGUCUGUUCUAGUCUAUUGUAAGUAGAUUUUGUAAUGUAGGAAUAGAAUUCAGUACUCUAGGGUUUAUCAUUUUUUGUUUUGUUUUUGAAACAACCGAUAUUAGUAAUUUCUAUUGUUAAUUCACAUGUGAUGUGCAUCGACUACUUGCGCUAGAUCCGGAAAUUCUAUGAUUUAAUAUUCUAUGACUCUA